AUGGAUGGUGCUACUGCUUAUAUUUGUCCGGUUUGUCCAUUUAAUUGUGACAAUUUACCCGAUUUAGAAAGUCAUAUUGAAGCUCAUGAAAAUAAUAAUAAUUUAACACCACCACCACCACUACCGCGACAACAACAACAAGAAGUUGUCAAACCAAAAGUUCGCCAUAGUCCAUUGUAUAUGAAAACAAAUUCAAUAAUAUCGUCAAAAGAUAGCAGCCAAUCGUUAAAAAAUAAAUUUCCUCAUUUUCCUUCGUCAACACCAUUACCACCAAUUAAAACAUAUGAACGUCGUUAUUCGUGUAAAUCAUGUACAUUUUUAACACAUAGUUCAAAAGCCUAUUUUAAACAUCGUCAAGAACAACAUAAUGAGAUAUUAAUUAUUACGGAAUGUCCACAUUGUGAUUAUGCUUCACAAUAUCCUGGCAAAGUAAGAAAACAUUUAUAUGAAGAACAUCAACUAGUUGAUGAUAAAAACGAUGCAUUGCCUGCUCCAUUUACUUCAAUAUCACAAACUGAAAAUGGUUCAGCUGGUAAACAUAAAAAUCGUGUAUCAUUACCAACCGCAUCACCAUUUCUUUUGAACAAUAAUAAUGAUAGUGCAAUUGCUCGUGCUCUAAAAUUAUCGUUACAUCAACCUUCUUCGCCACUACCAUCCAUGCCGCCAGUUGCUGCUCGAAAAUCUGUUCCAUUAAAUGGUGGAUAUGAUAAAUCAAAACAACACGAUACACCCAAUUAUCGUUCAAAAUCAACGUCUGUAUGGAUAUCUGAUUGUCCUUAUUGUACAUUUACAUCAAAAGAUCAACGAUUAUAUCGAGAACAUGUUUUAAAUCAUUUAAGAGAUAAAAAUUUUCGUUGUUUAUUAUGUAAUCGUUUAUAUCGUCAUCGAGGUGAUUGUUCAUUCCAUUUACGUCAAAAACAUGCUGAAUAUUCAAAUGGUGGUAACGGUGAUAAUUUACGUGAUUAUGUUGUGGAUUUUCAUCCACAAACAAUGAGUUUUUCACAAUUAAAAGAUUUGUUGAAUCGACCACCUCUCACAACUUUAGAACAAAUACAAUCGACAGUCACAGCAUCAGCACGACUAUACUCAAAACACGUAUCAAUGUAUAAAUGUGGUUAUUGUAAAUUUCAAUCACAGAAUUCCGGUGAUGUUAAAAAACAUCAGACAUGGAAACAUAGUCAAUUAGCAUCAAAUAUUCUACCAGUUUCUUCCAAUACGCCGCCUUCAAGACCAACUGAGCAGCUACAAAUAAUGUCAGCAAAACGUAAAAGAGAACAUAGUGAAAAUAGUAAUAACGGUACUGAUCUUGAAAUGUCGACAAAGAAGGCGCAAACAUUUUCAAAUCAACAACAAGAUCAAAUGCCAACACUUAUGAGUAAUCCAUCAUUUAUACGAACAAAUGUCAACGGACAAGCUUUAUUAGCAAAAGAUUCAAAUCAUAAUGGAAAUGGCACUUCUUGUAGUUUAAUUAAUUAUGAAUGUGAAAUGUGUCCGUUUCAUACGACAAAUCCUGAACGAUUUAACGCCCAUUUAGCCGUGCAUCAGACGGGUGGUCGUGUUUAUAAAUGUCCGUAUUGUAAUCGUCUUGGACAUUAUAAAUGGGUUAUUGAACGACAUAUUAAAACAAAACAUAAAUUUGAAAAAAAUGUACGAGCAAUUGAAAUUGAUGUUAAACCACAACAACAACAAAUUCCAUCACCUUCGACAUCGACAACAUCGUCAACGACAACAGCAGCUAAUGAUCAACAAAUAAAAGCGUUUCGAUGUUCAGCAUGUUCUUUACAAUCAUAUCAUUCCUGGGUUGUUCUAAGACACAUCCGACAUUUUCAUAAUUUAGAAUCGGCUCAUAUCAUCGAUAAUUUUAAUCAAACAGUACAUGAUGAAGAUGAGGAUAAUAAUGAAGUGGAAAAUGAACAACAGCAAGAAUUGGCUGUUGAAAGCCCAUUAUAUGAUGAAAAUGAAGUAAGAAUUGAUGAUGCUGGUGAAAAUGAUUUAUCAGAUGAAGAUGACAAUGAAGAAAUGUUGAGAAAAUUAAUAAAAACAGCUGUUUCAACUCGUAAUCAAAAUAAUCAAUCACCACCGACAUCAAACAAUGGCUCAUUGUCAGGAUUAUUCAAUAAUUCUACUGGCGACAGUACAACAAAUGAUUUGGCAACAUCAUUACAAACAUUAUUAGGUCAAUUAACAAAUGGUAAUAGUAAUAAUUUUAAUACAAAUGAGCAAAAUAAUAAUAAAUCGAUUGUUAAACGUUAUAAAUGUUCACUAUGUGAACACGUAUCAGCGUGGUGUGGAAAUGUACGUAAACAUUUACGACGAAUGCAUCCAGGUGUAACGCAUGGACAAGUGAUCGAUAUUUCACAAGAACAAGAUUCAUCACUUUUAUUAACAACGGCAACAAAUGGAUAUAAAAAACAAAAAAUUAAAGAUUUGUUGACAAUAACAGCAGAUAGAAAACAUCAAAAUGGCAAUCAUUCAAAUGGAAAUCAUUCAAAUAAUGGCACUGAUAACAAGGUUUCUGAUGAUUCAACAUCGUCUUCAACAUCCUCAUCACUUUCUUCGUUGAAAAAAUUAAAAGAUAUUGAUAAUAAAACGGUCGAUAUUGGUGUUAAAACAACACCAUCAUUAUCGUCCUCUGUCCAACAACAACAAGACAGUGAACCUAAUCGUUUAUUUUCUUGUUCGGGAUGUUCGUAUUCUACAUCGGAUUUUCAAUUUUUAUCUCGCCAUGUUGAUUUACAUUUGUCGGAUGGUGGUUUUCAAUGUUCACAAUGUUUGUAUUUAUCAAAAUGGCGUGCAAGUGUUCGUAAACAUAUGAUUGGCACACAUAGUAGUUCUUUUGCUUCUUUGGCUAAUACUGUUGAACCACUUCAACUUCAAAAAUGUGAACAUGCAACAAUUUAUUUUCAAUCUUGGAUAUUAGAUGAACAAACAAAAGAUACAAAUCAUUUUUAUUGUACUUAUUGUCCAUAUAAAACUAAUAAUCAAGAAUAUUUUGAACAACAUGAAUUAAAUCAUCAAGAAAACUCUUCGUUAACAUCAACAAUGCCGUGUAAAUAUUGUUCGUAUAAUACUGAUAAUAGUGAACGAUUAUUUCAACAUGAAUUAUUACACACAAAUUAUACAACAACAUUAAAUCAAAAUAGUAAUGAACAUGAAAAUGAAAAUAUUACAUAA